AUGCCAAAGCACCCCAGACAGAAGCUGAACACCGCAACGGCGGAUUUCCGACAGCAAAUUGUCCAUGAAUACGACCAGCCAUUAGUCCUAACAGCUCGGACUGCGACUCGCCCCGACCAACCCCCCCGUCUCAAUACCAAUAUAUCAUACGAUGAGCAAUUCACGGGGCAGAACAACACGAGACCAGGAUCAGAUCAUAUCUACCGUCAAUUACAAGAUCGUGAACGCUCGAUUCAGCUCGCACUUUCUCACCUCAUGAAUCCCGGAGAAACAAUUUGUGGCCAGAACAUCCGGACUCUUACAGCAACUGUAUCCUCGCAGGCGAAUCACCAAAAAUUUGCUCAAGCGCGAAUAUUUCAGCUCGAAUCGGAUUGCAAACGCUACUUAGAGGCUCAAGAGCAAAUAGAUAAAUACCGAAGCCUAAACUUAGACCAGGCCGAGGAGCUAGGAGAUUUGAAGAGCCAGGUGGCCCAGCUUACAGAGGAACGGAGGGUUAUGACCAUAGAAGCUGAGGCCCAAAAUGGAAGAUUGAUGUCGCUGCAUAAACAAUACCAGGAGCUUUCGCAAGAUUUCCAUGGAUUCGAUGACCUCCACAAAGCCUACAUGGAGGGUAGAGUUCACAUAUACCACCCAAGUGGGGAGUCAAAGAAAUGCCUAGAUAUCCAAGACUUGGUUGACCCGAACUUGUGCCAGGAUUCGAGAUGUUUGGAAGAAACCGAAGACAUGGAAGAAAUUACAAAUCCUUCAAUCUAA